UUUGACUUAUCGCGAUAUCUGCUCCCGUCAGCUGACAUGAUUGUAGUUGUCAUGUCAGGAAGGAACGCAGCAGUUUUUGAAACAAACAUGUUAACCGCUAAACUCAUAAACAUCGAAGGUUUAACGUGGACUGUUGAAAGAUAAGCCACUGAAAAUAUGGAGCACAUUAUAACGCCAAAGGUGGAGUAUGUGAAACUACUGAAUAGGUACCCUGAAAAGAAGUCAACUCUGGGAACUCUUUAUUUGACUGCUACUCACCUUAUCUACGUGGAACAAACCAACAGUACACGCAAAGAAACAUGGGUGCUGCAUCAUCACAUCAUGUCGCUAGAGAAGCUUCCAUUAACUGCAUCCGGUUGUCCGCUCCUGAUCCGCUGUAAAACCUUCCAGCUGCUUCAUCUGCUGUUCCAAAGAGAGAAAGAUUGUCAGGAUGUCUAUCAGUCACUUCUGCGUCUGUUUCAACCAGUCAAAGAAGAGGAGCUGUUUGCCUUUCUCUAUAAUCCAGACCAAAAUGAGGAGGACAGGAGACAGGGUUGGGAAUUCAUUAAUGUGGCAAAUGACUUUAGCAGGAUGGGUCUCUCCAACGAUUAUUGGGAAAUCAGCCACCUUAACAAAAACUAUGAGAUCUGUAGCACUUAUCCAUCUAUCCUAGGACUCCCUAAAAAUGUCAGUGUUGCUACAGUAACAGGCAGCGCAAAGUUUAGGAGCCGUGGGCGAUUGCCUGCUCUGUCUUACUUUCACAAAGACACAAAGGCUGCAAUCUGUCGUUGCAGUCAGCCUUUGUCAGGUUUGACUUCUCGCUGUGUGGAAGAUGAGCAGAUGCUUCAGGCCAUCAGUGAAGCAAACCCCAACUGCCCUUUUAUAUAUGUAGUGGACACACGGCCUAAGUUGAACGCAAUGGCGAACCGCGCAGCUGGUAAAGGCUAUGAGAAUGAGGACAACUACUCCAAUAUCAGGUUCCAGUUCCAAGGAAUCGAAAACAUCCACGUCAUGAGAAACAGCCUACAAAAAUUGCUGGAAGUGUGCUCUAUGAAGUCUCCUUCCAUGAGUGAUUAUCUGACAGGUCUGGAGAACUCUGGCUGGCUGAGGCACAUCAAAUCUGUGAUGGAUGCAGGCGUGUUCCUCGCCAAGGCUGUCUGUGAAGAGAGGGCAAGUGUGUUAGUACAUUGUUCUGAUGGUUGGGACAGAACGGCUCAGGUGUGCUCUUUGGCUUGCAUACUGCUGGACCCAUACUACAGAACUAUUAAAGGCCUCAUGGUUUUAAUAGAAAAGGAGUGGAUCUCUUUUGGUCAUAAAUUCAGUCACAGGUGUGGCCAUCUGGACACUGACUCCAAGGAAGUGUCUCCAGUCUUCACUCAGUUCCUAGAGUGUGUGUGGCAGCUGUCAGAACAGUUCCCUUGUGUGUUUGAGUUCAAUGAACGUUACCUAAUAGAAAUACACAAUCAAGUCUAUGCCUGCCAGUAUGGAAACUUCAUCGGCAACUGCCAGAAAGAGAGACUGGAAAUGAGGUUGCAUGAAAAGACGUUUUCAUUGUGGCCACAUCUUCUGAAGAACCAACAUCUGUAUCGAAACCCUUUGUACCGGCGUUCAUUAGAGUGCACAGUUCUCAGACCCAGCACUUUACCACUGCACUUCAAGUUCUGGUGUGGGAUGUAUAACUACUAUGACAGAGGCAUGCACCCAAAACAGUCUGUUCUAGACCAGCUGCUGUCCCUCACACAGAAGCAGGUCGAAAGAGAGCGAACUAUGACUGAAUUACAGCGACAGCUGGCUGUUGCAGAUGGAGUUCUCCCUGAUCCAUCUGGACCAAUCAACACACCUGCGGAACAGGACCGUCACGACGCUCCUGUUGACCAAUCAAAUGGAAGCUGCGCUCCUUUGAUUAAUGGUGACGCAGAGGAGGCGGGUCCAGGAGCUGAAAAGUGCAAUGAGAAAGAAGGGGCGGAGCCAGGAGCCACCGAACACGAUCUGACCUCCUCUAAGGACAAACCAGUUUCUGUGGAAACUGAACAUUCCAAAGAGGAGGUACAAGAAUCCUCUUGAGUCUCCAUAGUAACAGACAUUUUGACUGAGAACCCAAAGAACAAAUGUCCGUGUUUUUGAAAAGAUGCAUAGAGUAAUAUCUCCACAACUGAAGCCACUGUAAUGCAAAAAAUGCAUUCAAAGUGCAGCGUUCUGCCACAUACUAGUUUGUGUUUGUUUAUAUUGUUGUUUAUUAGAUUUUUUGAGCACUGGGUGGAUUCUUGUACCCUGUUAUAUCUGUUCUGAACAGUCCUGAAAUGUUCUGGAUGUUUUUGUGGACUUCAGUGUGUUCAUAAAACAGGAUUGAAAUUAUAUUCUUUGAUCGAAGGCAGUCAGAAUCAUCUACAUUUUUGUUUAAAUGCCUCUCUGAUCAAAUUUAGCCUCACUCCAUUGUACAGUA